AUGGGGCUGACUAGUACCGGUUACAGUCACGUAUACCAUUUCACAAAGUAUCUUGGAGCAUAUCCCAUACCUGACAAAAAGGCUGAGACUGUAGCGGAAGCGCUGUUCAGUAACUGGAUCUGCGGUUGUGGUAGAUGGCCAGCUGCUUUGCUUUCCGAUCGCGGUAGCGAGUUCGAAAAUUCUUUAUGGGAAUUAAGCAAAAAUUCACCAAGGGGUACUGCCCCAGGGAAGAACGGUAUAACGGAAAAAGCCAAUGGUACAAUUGUCUAUGGUCAAGGAAGCGGAAUUAAAAGUCAACGAAAUAAUAUCCAAGACGAAGACGUUCUCAUCAACAAGCGAUGUACGACAUGUGGACUGGCGAUGUCCUGGCAAGCUGUUGUGUCAAGGAGUUGA